AUGAAGAGACCGCGGUGUGGCAUGCCUGACAUCGAGCCCGAGCCGGCAGCCCAGUCGUGUGCGGGCGGGCGGGGAGGCGAGGGCCCCCGCAUGGCCAGUCUGUACAGCCUCGGCGGCAGCAGGUGGAAGAAGAAGGAACUCACGUACAAGAUCAUCAGCUACACCCCUGAUCUCUCACGGAGUGAGGUCAACGAAGCCAUGGCCAUGGCUUUUAAGGUUUGGAGUGACGUCAUCAACAUAGAGUUCCGGAGAGUGCCGCCAUAUUACAAGUCUGACGUCACCAUCCGGUUCGCCCAGGGUUACCAUGGCGACGGCACCAAGAACACGUUCGACGGACCUGGCGGGACUCUGGCGCAUGCGUUCUACCCCGAGUAUGGCGGCAACUGCCAUUUUGACGAAGCUGAGACGUGGACCGUGGGCGAACUGAACGACGCAGGCAAGGACUUGUACCAGGUAGCGGUGCACGAGUUAGGGCACACCCUGGGCCUGGGUCACUCCGACGUGCCUGACGCCAUCAUGAUCCCCACCUACAUGUACCGGCCGUUCUUCAAACUACACCCCGACGACGUCGCAGGGAUCCAGAGACUGUACGGAACUAAGAACGACAUUUUGCCAAACGCUCCUGAGGAGAGGAAGAGUCCAGAGUGGUGCCAAGAACAAGUACAUUUCGAUGCCGUGCUAGAGAUGCCAAAUGGAACAGUUUUUGCCUUCCGAGGAAAGAAGUUUUGGAAGUUGUACCAGGGAGGACUGGAGCUUGCCGAUGGUCCGUGGACUAUCAAGGACCGGUGGGGCGUGGACGGACCAAUCGACGCUGCUUUUACAAACCGGGGCUUGGUCUUCUUGUUCAUGGGCCGGAACGUGUGGGUGUUCCACGGGAACUUCACUGCGCCUGUGCAGAGCCUGAGCCCACGUGACUUCGGCCUGUACACCCGGGUAGACGCCGCCUUCAGCACACAGGACGAGAAAACCAUCUACUUCUUCAAAAGAGGCCGCUACUACAAGUACAUCGCCGGAAAGGGACGAGCGAAAGAUUACCCGCGUUCUUCCAAAAAAUGGCUGGGCUCUUCGCACAACCCUGACGCCAUCUUGCGAGUCGGAAGCGACCUUUUCGUCUUCAAACGUAACAGCUACGAGAGGAUAUCAGCCACGGAACCAAAGACGCCGUCGUUCGUUCGUCGGCGACCUCGUUACCGCUAUCGCCAUUCUUCGUCGUCGCUCGGAAGAUCUUCGUCGGUAGCGUCGGCAAUACUCGGCAGUUCUUCGCCAAAAGCGUCGGGAAAGCUCGGCAGUUCUUCGUCGGUUGCGUCGGGAAUACUCGGCAGUUCGUCGCCAAAAGCGUCGGGAAAGCUCGGCACUUCUUCGUCAGUAGCGUCGGCAAUACUCGGGAGUUCGUCGUCGGCAAAGAUCGACAGUUCGUCGGUAAAGAUCGACAGUUCGUCGACGAUACGACUGCCGCGCUCGGCAAAGUCCGCGACGAUCGUCGAAGACUGGCUCGGGUGUCCGAAGAAAACGUGGAGUGACGACAUGAUCGACGAUAAAGACUAUGAAAUAAUUGACCCAAACACGCUACCAUGA